AGAAUUGGGCCUUGCAUCAUACCGGCUUUGUCUUUCAGACAAUUAGUCAAACACCUGGUGUGUGAGCCAAUCCCAGUAGAUACGAUCAAGAACAAGAAUUAAUACGCCAAACGACAAAGAGUUCAAUCAAUUCAUUCUACGUAGUCGGAGAUAUCAGCACCUAAACCGCUGGAUUAAGAACGUUUGAUUCGAUUCACUCACUGACAUUCCAUGUUAAGAAAAAAGGGGGAAAAAGUUAUACUCCACUUGCGCAAGUGUUUUCUGAUCUUCUUCAAAGUUUUUUCAGUGGGGUUCUGUAAUUAUUGAAGAAUUUUUGAAUUUAAUUCGUUUCUGGGGUUGGAGAUUGGGUUAAUGUAUGAGAAAGAAGAAGAACCUGAAUCAGAUAUGGGUCGAGAGAUCUGGAAUCUACUACGGCCGCGAUUCCUUAUUAUCUUCUUGAUCGGUUCAGUCCUUGUCUACCUUGCCUUCUCAUCGUUCUCUCAACAGGAGGAAGAGACAGUGGAGGAGGUGCAUGAAAUUACGCACAGAGUAUUCCUGGAUGUUGAUAUUGACAAGCAACGUUUAGGAAGAAUCGUUCUCGGAUUGUAUGGCGAAGUUGUGCCAAAAACUGUUGAAAAUUUCCGUUCUUUAUGCACAGGGGAAUUGGGAAAGGGUGCUAGUGGUAAACCGCUACAUUAUAAAGGAACACCUUUCCAUCGUAUCAUUCCUGGGUUCAUGAUUCAAGGCGGAGAUAUUGUCUAUCGUGACGGUAGGGGGAAUGAAUCCAUAUACGGUGGCACAUUCCGUGAUGAAAAUUUCAAGAUCAAGCACUCACAUGCAGGUAUGGUGGCCAUGGUGAAUUCGGGACCGGAUUCUAAUGGCUCGCAGUUCUUCAUCACUACAGUCAAGGCCUACUGGUUAGAUGGGGAACAUGUUGUUUUUGGCAAGGUUAUCGAAGGGAUGGAUAAUGUGUACGCAAUAGAAGGAGGAGCAGGUACGUACAGUGGGAAACCUAGGAAAAAAGUGGUAAUCUCUGAUUCGGGCGAGAUCCCAAAAAAUGAAUGGAAUGGGGAAACACGAAGCACGGUAACUGAAUCAUGACAAUGAGAUUGCGAUAGCUAGAUUUUACAGUAUGAUUAUUAUGUUUCUUUGGGUUUUAGAUAGCUUCAUAUUCAUACUUUUUAUCAUCUCCAUCUGCAUUUUUCUUCUUGAUGAUAUCUCAUAGUGAAUUUUGAUUAGGAACUUUAAGAAAAAGUGCAGUCUUUAUAUUUGCACUUUGUUAAUGACACAUGUCUACUUGUAGCAAAUGGGGAUUAAAGUAUGAAUAAUAUUUGAAGAUAUCUUGAUCUU